AUGACAAACAAGCAAUCUCUUGUAACACGCGGCAAGCCACUGCCAGGAGUCAGUGAUCGAGCCAUUGUGUUUAUAGAAGUAGCCAGAAAGUCUCUCAGAAAGCGCCUUUCAAGGAGUAAAAAGAAAGCUUACAGAAAGGCUCAACUAAACAGCACACCUGAGGACAUAACCAAGUAUAAACAGCUGCAAAAUAACACACAACAGGAAUGCAAGAAGGCAUAUAACAACUUUGUGAGAGACACUGUCACCAGUUACAAAAAUCCAAAGAAAAUCUUGGGAGAUGGUUAUCAGAUUGAUGCUGUGCUACUAGACUUUAGCAAAGCCUUCGACAAGAUACUCCACAAGCGACUCGCCAUCAAGCUGGACCACUAUGGGACCUACUGA